UUACUCAAUAUCUAUCUUAAUUAUUGUACAAUUCACAUGAUGCCAAUUACCUCAAAAUCACUAGGAAUUGAUAUUGCAAAGGCAAAAUAUCCAGUUGUUGAUCCAGCUGAUCGGGAUCCUUGUCCUGGCUGUUCAUCAUAUCUAAAUGAACCUUUCAUAAGAUGUAUAGAUUGUGACACAGAGCCUUACUUAAUUUGUUUAUCAUGUUUUGCACGAGGAUUUGAAAAUGGUAAACAUAAAAGCAAUCACAAAUAUGAAAUAAUUACAGGCAGUUUUCCAUUAUUGGAAUAUGGUUGGUCAUCAGCUGAAGAAAUGCGUUUGUUGGACAGUUUAUCGGACUGUGGAGCUGGAAACUGGUCCGCAGUUGCUAAACAAGUUAGAACAAAAACAAAGCAUGAAUGUGAAGGUCAUUAUGUGAAAUGCUACAUCUUAAAUGCAAGAUAUCCUUUGCCUGAAUUGCCUUGCCGUCCUGCUGCAAAAAUAUGUCCUCCCAUUCCAUUUAAAGCAAGUGGAGAACCUUGUCGUCCAUUGCCAGAAUCUCACAGAGCACAAGACAUGGCGGGAUACCUUGCGGCAAGAGGAGAUUUUACGGAAGAAUACUUAAAUGGAGCAGAAUGGGGCAUAAAAGAUGUUCAUUUUGCACCCGAUGAUUGGCCUGUACUAAAAUCUUUAAAGUUGGAAAUGGUGAAAAUUUAUCAAUCAAGGCUCUCAGAACGUAAAAGAAGAAAAGAUAUAAUGAGGACUCACGGAUUAAUUAAUGUGAAUAAUCAUGUUAUGCAAUAUUUGCGAAAGCUUGCAAACUAUGAGAAAGAAUUAGAAGAAAAGUUGCGACCUUUAAUGAGACUUCAACAUCCGAUUGCACAUGACAAAAUAUUUGCAGGAUUUUGUGAAGAGCAUCGCUUGAUUAAAAGAGUCCAAAAACUGAAAGAAUAUAGAAAAGCAGGGAUUACUUCACACAGAGUAACCAAAUUAUACGAAAAACUCAAGUCCACUCGACGAGUAGAGCCAUAUAGUUCUUGUCUAACUGAAAUAUUAUCAUACAAGAAUGACCAUGCCGCAUUAUUACAAUGGUUGCACAGGCAAUCAUUGGACACGAGUCAGUCCUCCACCCUUGGACCAGUUAUACCCUCUUCUCGAAAGUCUAUAAACCCAAUUGACAUUUCAGAUUUGCCUGGGGUACAGAAGUUGAGUACUAUUGAAAAAGAAUUUUGUGAAUCUUGUAGAAUUGUUCCAGAGGCAUUUUUGCGAUAUAAAUGCCUUCUGGUAUCGGAGUUUGAACGAUCAGGAACUCUGAAGCUGUCUCAAGCAAGAACAAUUGUUAAAAUUGAUGUAAACAAAACUAGAAGACUGUUCGAUUUCUUGGUUAAACAAGGUUAUGUUAAUACAGAUUCCACUACAGCUUGAAAACACAGUGAUUAACUAAGAUGUUCAAUUUAUCGUGCUUUUACUUAAAACUUUGAAUUUGUUGUUUCGUUGUGCAAGAAUGACAAUACAAGCUCAUAUUUUUUGGUCACAGUCACUACUGCUUACUCAAACCAGUUUGUUUUAUUUAUCAUCAGCCUCGGUGAACUUUUCAUGAAUACAUUUUAAUCACUGCCAUUUGUUUGCCGACUUUGGCAUGUAGAAAUUGAUAUCUCUUCUUGAAUUGCAACUGAUUGGUUGGCUGCCUUAUUCGAGGAAGAACACGUUUGAUAUUAAACAGGCCUCCCUCUA